AUGCCUGCGCUUCGGGCCUACUCGUACGCCUUCGUGGGACCCACGCUCGGCGUGCUGGUCGAGUACGCCCUCUUCGGCCUGUCUCUCGACUCGCUCGAAGACGACGAUGAUGACGACUGGCGGCACGAUCUCCUCGACGUGCACCUCGGCUUCGACGACGAUGCGCGGAAGAGCGUCAUCGACUCCCUUCCAGAAGGGAAGCUCAAGACCGAGCUCCAGGCGCAGGAAAGCCAAACAUCCGACCAGCUGAGCAGCCUGCUGGCCAAGGGACUGGGACUGGACGCGAAGGCGUUCGAGGAGUUCGACCGGGUGAUGAAGUCCUGUCCCCCGUGA